AUGUCCUCUCUCGGUAGCGGUGGAGACGACGGCCUAAUCUCUAAUCCCAAUCUUCCUGAAUAUGGGUCCGGUGACGGGGGCGAUGGUGGCGAUGGUGGCGACUACCCGAUUGAUGGAUCACCCAUGUGUGACGUCUUCUGUGACCCCGCCGAGCCACAAGAGUGCGGAACACCACCCUCGAGUCUCGAAGACCUCUCAAGCCAAAUCAGUGACUUCAGCGUACUGGGCCACUGCGUCAACUUGUUCCUCAUACAUGUGCUCUAUGACGACAACAAAGCCGCACUGAAGAAGUAUCAGAACCUCAUGAAUAAUGGGUUCGAUGACGACUUCAAAUGGUAUAGCAGCUAUAUACUGGGGUCCAUACAGCCGCAGAUUCUGGAGUUCAUGCGUGCUCAUGCCGGAGAGUACUUCGACUGCGACAAGCUUGACUCAAGACCGUGUUGUUCCGACUUCUCAUCCGGUCAAGGCUGUCAAAACGGUUGUAUACCUAAUACCAGCGGCAAUGCGGAUUCCUCAAGGUACCGGUUCUCCGUCAAGAACGGCGACCACUUCAACAAAAAGAUGUCCGACGACUACGGAAUCCCAGGCGAAUGGAUCAAAUUCGGUAACUGGCGUUACUACCUUCAAAAUGGUUGCCAGUUCGGAGACAGCUCGGACGACUGCUACUUGUACAAUAAAAGUUUUCCCAUGGUCGCCGACGAUGCUGAAGUGCCUAAUCCCAAAGAUGGUAUCGCACCUGCUGUUGACCAAUACAAGUCUAUUGGAGACCAACUUUCGCAGGCGUACGAACAGUUCGGCCAGUACCAUAUGUCGGCCUGGCGCGACGACACCAUUGUUGAAGCAGCUGAGCUUCCAGUUUAUAUGCUGGUUCAGGGUGUCGAGUCCAUGCACAAGGUCCACGAUACUGCCGAGGAGAUCUCGGAAGAGGAAAUGAAGCAGAUGAUUCUCUUCUUCAUCACAGGAAUUCUCGGCUUCAUUCCAGUCGCUGGCGAGGGACUCGCGUCUCUUGGCCUGGCAACGCUUGAAUGGAUUAUAAGGAUUGUCGGAGGCGUAGGUGACGUAGCUUUUGACCUCUACAGAGUCGUGAAUAACCCAUCGUCGGCCAUCUUCGCCGUUUUCGGUGCGUUCGCCAAUGUCAAGGAUUUCGGUCAGGCUUCAGGGCCAGCUAGAACCAUGAUGAAUGCCGGUCAGCAGGAGAAGCUGGGACUUACCGUAAAGUCGAAGACGGACAUGGUUAACUCGGUCAAGGUCAGUUGCAAGUAGGAC